UCGCCUGUGCGGUUGAAUGUGCCGCAGACUCGACUCGGGUUCAGAGAGUAGGGAGGACAAUUGAGAUACAGUCAGCGGUACUCUGAAACAGCGUUGUCACACUAAACGCAUUGAACGGUUGCAACUUUUGAAAGGCUUUUCCCCCUAUCGAAAAGCAUGGUCGUAAACUCUAUCCACUGGUUCCGGAAAGAUCUGAGGCUGGACGAUAACCCCGCUUUACAAGAGGCUUUGGACGGAGCGGACACGGUGCGAUGUGUUUAUAUUUUGGACCCGUGGUUCGCUGGUUCCGCUAAUGUCGGACUUAACCGAUGGAGGUUUUUACUGGAGUCCCUGGAGGACCUUGACUCGAACCUUCGCAAACUGAAUUCAAGGCUUUUUGUUGUACGUGGACAACCCACAGAUGUCUUCCCAGGGCUAUUCAAGGAAUGGAAUAUCACACGUCUGACCUUUGAGUAUGACUCUGAACCCUAUGGCAGAGAGCGUGAUGCCACCAUCCUCAAGAUGGCACAAAACUUUGGUGUGGAAACACGUGUUCAGAACUCUAACACCCUCUAUAAUCUGGCCAGGAUCAUUGAGAUGAACUGUAACACCCCUCCCCUCACCUUCAAGCGCUUUCAGGCCAUUGUCCAGCGGUUGGGGUUGCCAAAGAGGCCAAUCCCCACGGUAAGCUGUCAGCAGAUGGACAAAUGCCACACGUGUAUCUCAGGCAAACAUGACCAAAACUAUAGAGUUCCCUCCUUGGAGGAAUUGGGUUUUAGGACAACCAGCUUGGACCCAGCAGUGUGGAGGGGAGGAGAAACUGAGGCACUAAAUAGACUGAACAAACAUGUGGAUAGAAAGACGAAGUCUGAGCAUCCCCGAACAGGUGUUGAGUCCCUUCUAGCUAGCCCAACAGGCCUCAGUCCAUACCUCCGGUUUGGCUGCCUCUCUUGUCGAGUGCUUUACUUCAAACUCCACGAUCUCUACAUGAAGGCAAGGAAAAACAAUAUACCCCCCCUCUCGCUGUACAGUCAGCUCAUGUGGCGGGAGUUUUUCUACACAGCAGCUACCAGUAACCCUGUCUUCGAUCGUAUGGAAGGCAACCCCAUCUGUGUGCAGAUCCCCUGGGACCACAACCCCGAGGCGCUGGCUAAGUGGGCAGAGGGCCGGACAGGUUUUCCCUGGAUUGACGCCAUCAUGACCCAGCUAAGGCAGGAGGGCUGGAUCCACCACCUGGCUCGGCAUGCUGUGGCCUGCUUCCUGACAAGAGGAGACCUGUGGCUCAGCUGGGAGUGUGGCAUGAAGGUGUUUGAGGAUCUCUUGCUGGAUGCAGACUGGAGUGUUAAUGCCGGGAGCUGGAUGUGGUUUUCCUGCAGCUCCUUCUUCCAGCAGUUCUUCCACUGUUACUGUCCUGUUGGAUUUGGUAGGAGGAUAGACCCGUCAGGAGAUUACAUCAGGCAGUACAUCCCCAAAUUGCGGUCCUAUCCAAACCGAUAUAUUCACGAACCAUGGAGCGCCCCAGAUGAGGUACAGAAAGCAGCCAAUUGCGUGGUUGGGGUGGACUACCCCAAACCCAUGCUGGAUCAUGCACAGCAGAGCCGGCUUAACAUCGAGAGGAUGAAGCAGGUCUACAAACAGCUCUCCAGCUACAAGGGACUGAGUCUGCUUGGGUCUAUUUCAGUACUCCAGGAUGAGGUGGAGUCUUCAACAGUGAUCGACAGCACUAAGACUGCAGCCGGCAUGAGCAGGCCAAGGGAAGUGCCGGACACUUCCUUAAACGUUAGGCAGACUGACAGUGCAGCCACUGAGAUGUCAACAUUGGAAGUCAUACCAGCGAGGAAGAGGAGCUUCUCCUCAGAGCAGGAGCAAAGUUCAGAGUGCAAACCUCCUAAAGUCCCUUUGUGUACAAGUUCAGAAAGUUCCCAACAAUGAAAGGCCAUUGAUUGUACAAGAGGGAAGCUGAGCCUUAUGUAGCAAUAUUGCAUCGUAGCUCAUCCUAUGCCAUAACUACAAUGACCCAGUGCUGGUCGAUACUACUGUCCAAAGCAAGCUGCCACGGAUACAUAGCAAAACAUCUGGAGUAAAUGCUAACUUAUAAAACAAAUAAGAAAAGAACCACAUCCAAGGAUGUAGGGUAACACUCACCAUUUCAAAAAAGACAGGGUUUUGAUGGCCAAAAUACAUUGGUGGAAAUGAGGCACUGUCCCUGUCCUUUUUGAAAUUGGUGAGUGCUACCCUACAUCCUUGGACGUGGUUCUUUGAAGUAUUUUUUUUUUUGGGGGUUUAGCACCACAGUAAGAGUUUCUUUUUGGGGAGGCACAUCCAACUCCUCCAUUCCAAAAAUAAAUAAGAACUUUGUAGGCAUUUCCUGCUUACAGUGUUUGCUUAAUGAUACAUACUGGGCUUUGGUCAGAUCCAAUUUUCAGUUCAUGCAGAGAUGUAAGUGAUAUUGACGUUUCUCAUUCAAGAACUGUCACCAAAGGACAUUGAAAAUGAAGUGUCAGUUGCAUGUUCUGUAUUGUUUUGACCCAAACAAUGUUGUAUAUCUAUCAUUUUUUGUUGUUUUCCCUUUUUAAAUUCCAUGAAUUGUCUUUUAAUUUGCACUAAGCUUGCCAUUGGUAAGUUGGUACACUUGAGACUUUGAUACCAAGAUGAUUUGGGUCAUUUGAUAACUGUAGAAAGUAUUGAGUGUACAUAAACUUGACUCUGACACAAAAAAAAAGGUCAGAUGUCCAUAUUGUGGUGGGAAAGACCACAUGAUAUAGAAAUGCCAAGACACUCAUUUUACAGAACACUCAUAUGUGAGUAAUGUGUUGAAAUGUAUUUAUUGUAUCCCAAUAUGGUCGGCAAUAGUCCUCAUUUGAUUUGUGCCCUUGUUCAAAGGCUUGAGUUUAGAAAUAAAACAAGAAGCUA